AUGGCGCUGUUUAGAAGAUUCAUCUAUCGGCUGCCGCCGGAUCGGCUGCUCGAGAUCUCUGAGAGAGUCUACUUGUUUGAUUGCUGCUUCUCCACCGAUGUACUCGACGAGAACGAGUAUCGAACAUAUAUGAACGGGAUUGUCGCACAGCUACAAGAACACUACCCGGAAGCUGCUUUUAUGGUUUUCAAUUUCAAAGAAGGAGAAAGGAGGAGCCAAUUAUCCGACGCCUUAUCUCAGUACGACAUGACGGUAAUGGAUUACCCUCGUCAGUACGAAGGGUGCCCACUGUUACCUAUAGAAAUGAUCCACCACUUUUUACGAUCGAGUGAGAGCUGGUUAUCGCUCGAAGGACAACAAAACGUGCUCUUAAUGCACUGCGAAAGGGGCGGUUGGCCCGUGCUUGCGUUUAUGCUCGCUGGACUUCUUCUGUACCUGAAACAGUACAACGGUGAACAAAAGACUCUUGAAAUGGUAUACAAGCAGGCAUCAAGGGAGCUUCUUCAUAUUCUAUCUCCUUUGAAUCCUCAGCCAUCUCAGCUCAGAUAUCUUCAGUACAUUGCUAGAAGAAACGACUUUGGUUCGGAUUGGCCACCGUCGGAUACACCUUUGGCUUUGGACUCUAUUAUAGUUAGGAAUCUUCCUUUAUAUGACGGUGGAAGAGGAUGUCGGCCAGUUGUUCGUGUGUAUGGUCAGGAUCCUUCUUCGAAAACAAAUAGUAGAAGUUGUAAGCUAUUGUUUUCGACUUCGAAAGUGAAAAAGCGUAUCCGUUUCUAUCAACAGGUAAUGCUACAACAAAUCUUUUGAAAUUUCAUAUGAAAACAAUUUUAUGGUGUUGUUAUUGAUCUGUGGUGUAUGCAGGAAGAGUGCGAACUAGUGAAAAUUGAUAUACAUUGCCGUGUUCAAGGAGAUAUUGUUCUUGAGUGCAUCCAUUUGGAGGACGAUUUUCUGAGGGAAGAGACGGUUUUUAGAGUUAUGUUUCAUACGGCUUUUGUCCGUUCAAAUGUGUUGGUGCUGAACCGCGAUGAAGUUGAUAUUCUUUGGGAUGCCGAAGACCAAUUUUCGAGGGAUUUCAAAGCAGAGGUAAGAUUUUGUGUUCCCUGUGCUAUGUUUCUUAGUUUUUGUGAAACUUUCAGCUCUUUAAAAAGUAUUUUGU